GAGACAACAUUCUAGAUGGACCCAGAAGCUGAGGACCCUGACAGCAAACAUAACUUGGUCCCUUGGUCAGGUUCAGAUGGUUCCCAGGAACUCUGCGUGUCUGAGACCUUGGCAGAGUCCUACUAUGAAGAUGAUGCCAGUGAUGCAGAGUACCAAUCAGACCCUCAGUCUUCUCACACCCAAGUGUCUGACGACGAGUCCCCAGAACGCCAUCAAUCAAAAGACUGGGAAUCUGCAGGUGAGCCGCAGUACCCACCUGAACUCAGCGGUAGUGAAGAGGAUGUCUCAUACCAAGAAGAGGAUGACGUCUACCUUAGUGAGUCGAGAGAAUCCAUUACAGAGUCUCCUCACAUCCAAAGCUCACCAACAUCACUAUCCCCACAUCCACAGCGUCCUGACUCUGAGCUACAAUCUGGCAAGAUAUCACGGCCACAUUCCCACUCAUCUUCCUCCUCUAUUGGCUGCACUGCUGAUAUGACCCUGGCCUUGACCCUGACCGCAGAACAGCCCUUGGGAGCCAGUAAUAGGCAGGGCUCAGGGACUGGGAACAGAAGGGUUGCAUUCUCAGAGGAAGGAGGGUGCAGUGAAGCACCUCCUGCUUCUGUCUUCUUUGGAAUUUCAGACGAGAGUGCUGAGCAGGCAGAGAAGUGGAACUCGGAGUCUGACACAGAUCUGUGCAGACCGGACAGGCACAGGGCAAGGCACACACGGCUCAGUCACAACGAGAGCCAGUCAGAAAGAGAAGUAAAGGAGAACAAGUCUAAAUGUAAGCGACUGGCUCUGCUGCUAACCAAUGCACCCAACCCUCAGAAUAAAGGAGCCUUGCUGUUCAAAAAACGUCGCCAGAGAGUUGAGAAGUUUACACUUGUGAGUUACGGGACUGGUGAAAACAAGUUUGACAGUGAAGACCAAAAAGAGGAAGAAACUGAGGAAGUCAGAUCCGCUGAGUAUAACUUGGAGGCUUCAAGUGGGUCCGAUUUGGAAGAGGAGUAUUCUGUUUAUCACCAGGAACACAAUCUAAGUCUGAAUUGGGCCAGUCUUCGAGAAAUGGAAGCACUGCCAGACACGAAAGGGAAGGGCGUUUUGAUGUUUGACCAACGACGAAAACGGAUGGAUCGAAUGGUGUCGGAUCAUGAAGAGAAAAGUAAAGCAUUACAUGUAGAAAGAUCAACACAACUUGAACCUGCAGAAGCACAGAAUAUUUAUGGUCCAAAGGAAAUGUACAUGCAUCCUGAUCAGGCCAGCUACGUGGAUGCAAAUUUCAAGCAGCAUGUAGAAUACCAAGAAAAUAUUCAACAAAUGAAUAACCAAUCCAAUGUAUCAAGACCCUUGGUGCCAAACAGAACUGCAAAGCCUUUCCUAGGAUUUCGAGAUGGUACAACUUCUACAGUCAUGCCCGGUGGCAUGGUUCCAGUGACAAAGAAGCAUGAAUCAAGAUUCAGAGUACCUGUGCCUAUUAAUACUAACCCACAGGUUUGGUCUCCAACUGGAGACAUCAUAGCAUCAAGAGAUGAGCGAAUAUCUGUGCCAGCGAUCAAGACAGGCAUCCUACCGGAGUCGAAACGGAAAGCCUCUAACAAACAACUAGCAACGCUGCAGCACGAAUCAAGUCUUCAGCAUUACAGCAAAGGGGAAAGGAAGUCUUAUAUUGAGCCAGAAGAGGACUUCUUUAGUCUAGGUGCUGAAGCUUGUAACUUCAUGCAACCAAAAACAGUAAAACUCAAGAAUCCCCCUCCAGUUGCCCCCAAACCUACGAUCAACCCAACCUCUCAACCUUGGAUGAGAAGAAGUCCUUCUUGUGAACCUAAUAUUCCACCAAGAAGUCCCGUUUUACAACCCUCUCAAAGCCCUGCUGGGCCUCAUAGUCAGCAUUACUUAGAGCAGCAAAAUUGGGCUCAGUCACAACAGAUGGCCAACAGCUGGGCACCGGAUCAAACACUUCAAACACCUGCCAGUGCCUGGGGUCCGGUCAACUCCUCUUCUCAGCUUCAUCUUCAGCCAACCGCAAAUAGCUGGAGUCAACGAUCGCCUCGAUCCCCUGUGAGUAUGAACACUCGCAGCCCUACUUACAGCCCACAUGAAGCGUCACCCUUGAGGAAUAAGUCAGACAGUGCUCCACAAUCAGUAGCCUCCUGUCCACCACAAGCAGGAUUGUCACAUGUCUAUGAAUCAAAAGCAUCACAGGCUUCUCAAAAGAGCCAAGUCAAAGUCGGAGGAAUAAAUCGGGCUGGUGAUGGUCCAACUAAGAAGGGAAAAGGGGCAGAAUUGUUUGCCAAAAGACAAUCCCGUAUGGAGAAGUUUGUUGUUGAUUCUGAAACAGUUCAAGUUAACAACACAAGAGCCCGCUCCCCAACCUCCUCUCUCCCCAACUAUUGGAGGUAUUCUUCCAAUGUUCGUGCCCCACCUCCUUUAUCUUACAAUCCCCUUCUUUCUCCUUUCUAUCCUCCUUCAGCAGCCAAGCAACCCCCUUCCACAAGCCCCAAAAUCAAGCCUAAGACCAAAGAGAAACCUAAAGCACCCCCAAAGCACCUCAAUGCCUUAGAUAUCAUGAAGCAUCAGCCUUAUCAGUUGGACUCAUCACUGUUCAAGUAUGAUGCAGUCCCAGAGGCCAAUAGCCCCAGCCCCGGCCCCGGCCCCGGCCCCAGCCCCGGCCCCAGCCCCAGCCCCAGCCCCAAACCUACCCAAGCAUCAAAGUUUGAGGCUAUCAUGAGACGUAAACAGAGAGCUGCCUCUUCUCAGUCUCCACAUAAAGGCCCUGAGCUUGUUGUUCAAAGCAAGGCAGAGGUCCCCGCAAAGUCUCCUGUAUCGGGAUUUGGUCGAAGCCACUCUCUGAGCCUGCCCAGGCAAAUGAAUUUGUUGCAGCCUCCCAGAUUUCUGUCACCUGGGAACACAUCUGGAGUCCAAUCUUCAUAUUUAUCAACACAGAAGCAAACAUCCUUUCAGGAAAGAGUCUGCAAGCCGCUGUCACCGUGGGAGGCAGCAUCCAGAAGCCCCUUGGGCUCAGUGGAUGAGGCCUUUCUGUUUCAGAGCCUGCCGUCAUUGGUUGCCUCUAAUGUCAAAGCUGCAGGGCAGCAUAGUUCUCUGCCAGAGCCUCCAGAUGAAUGGAAGCGCAGGGUGUCUCUUGAUCCUGCAGCUGUCAGUAGGGGUCAUUAUCAUGCAGCCCCAGCUUUUCAGGCACCGUCCAUGAGCAGGACAUUUUCACCUGAGAAACCAGCCUUCUAUGGGCCUCCCUUCAGACCUGCUCAGCCUCUGAGGCCUACCAGCAGGGCCAGUAUUGGAUACAUGGGGCAAUGAUAGAACUGCCCUACCUAGCGCAGUACAGUACCACCAAUCUCCAUAGUGUCUGACCACUAUCACUAACAUGAGGUACAUCAGAUAAAAACAAAUACAGUCAUAUCAGCAGUAAUGAAAUCUGAUGUGGAGGAUCAUGCAAAGUAAACUGAACAAAAGAGACACAUAAAGGUUGUGGAAAUGUGUUUGAGCAGAGUUAUCUUAUUGGUCUGAGAUGAUGACAUAUUAAGACAAUUUAACAUGUUUGUUUUGAAUUGUUUUUGUUGUUGAUGGGAGCGAUAGGUCUCAUUGGUCACUCAGUUCAAAAGGCUGAACAACUUAUCAUAGCUUUUUGUGCAGUGUUGCAGUUGAGAUGUUACCCUGUUAAGUAUAGUCUUUGCUAAUAGAAGAAUAUUUAAGUUAUGUUUUACAAUUUGACAGUGUGAUGCAGUUUUUGUCCCUCUGGAAAAGUUAAACAUGUUAAGAAAGUGUUACAAGGGCUAAAAUGUAAGUGUCAAGAAGUGUUUGGCAGAUUGAUUUUUUAUUUAAAGUGAAGUGGUGCAAUGCUGGUUAUUUUGAUAUAGUUUGUUUUAAGUAUUUGUUGAGAAAAAGGCACUUUAAGAAAAGCCUGAGUGUGGCUUUUCAGCAUGAAUCUUUUCUGUAGCUUUAACUUUUUUGUCACUUUUUCUGUCUUGAAGUUAAAACUCUCACUUCUCAAUAUGUCAUUCAGUAAGCAUAACUGAUACUUAUUUUGCUCUUACUAAUAUUGCAGAGGUGAUAUCAUGUAUAGUCAAAGAAUGAACAUUUCUGUUAAUGUGUUCACGUCCGACAAAUCACAUUUUUCCAUCAGCUGAAAGGAAGCUGAACAGCACCUCUAAGGAAAAUAGUAAAAUGGCAACCAUCACAAUUUGGUCUCUAGACCUACUUGUCGGAAUGAAAUAGAUAUGAUAUGUGAUGUGAUUUGAGCGUAAUUAUUUCUAAGUCAAGGGGAAUAAAUGUUGCAUGCAUUCAUUUAUCAGUAUCCAAACUUUGAUUUCAUGCACUGUGUGGUUUUCAAGUGCAAACAGAACCAACGUUUCUGUGUCAAUGUUCCAAAAUGACAAGUGUCGCUAUGUUUGUUGCCUCAGGCUACUUUUUCCCACGUUUUUCAUUUGUAUUAUGUUUUUUUCCACUUUUAAAACCCUAGCUGACAAAGUAAAAUACAUUAAAAAACCUUUUAAAAAAGUA